AUGGCCGCAAAAUACGGCUUCCACGGCAUAGAAGUCUUUUACGAAGACCUAGUCGACCUGUCAAAGUCCCUCCCAGGCGGCGCCACUCACGCCAACCAAGUUAUCGCCGCCCGAACAAUCCAUGACCUCUGCCAAGCCCGUUCACUCGACAUCAUCUGCCUUCAACCUUUUAUGCACUUUGGUGGUCUCGUAGAUAGAGACGCACAAGAGAGGCAGUUUGAUGAGUUGAUGCACUGGUUUGACCUUGUUCAUGCCCUCGACACGGAUUUGAUCCUAUUUCCCAGUAGUUUCCUUCCUGCAGAGCAAACAACUGAAGACUUGGAUGUUCUUACAGCUGACUUCACUCGUGCCGCCGAGAUGGGACUGCAGCAACAGCCCGUGGUGAGGUUCGCUUACGAGGCCCUGUGUUGGGGAACCAGGCUGUCCUUGUGGGAGGAGUCUUGGGAGAUGGUGCAGCGAGUUGACAGAUCCAACUUUGGAAUGUGUCUCGACACUUAUAACAUCCUUGCACGAAUUUACGCCGAUCCAGCCGCCGAGGAUGGAAAGACAGCCGAUUGCGACCAAGUGACACAAGAGUCCAUCAGGAAACUCCUAACAGAAGUUGAUAUCUCCAGGGUGUUUCUCCUGCAAGUGGCUGAUGGUGAGAAACUCAAUGCGCCUCUGAACGAGAGCCACCCCUUCUACAAUGCAGAGCAACCGUCCCGUAUGAGCUGGUCGCGCAACGCGAGACUCUUUUAUGGUGAGAGUUCGUAUGGCGCUUACCUCCCAAGCAAGCAGCUCCUCCGAGCUAUCGUGCAGGGACUUGGUUUUGAGGGUUGGUUGAGCUUCGAGGUGUUCAACAGAAGGUUUCUCGACACAGACAAGGUUGUUCCUGAGGAGACAGCUAAAAGAGCUGCCGAGUCGUUUGAGAAGAUGAAGAUUGAUCUCGGACUGCGAACUUCUGAUCAAGUUCAACCAAGAUUGCAAGCAAAUCUGUAA